GUGGGGAUACAGACCUAACGGGAACCUCUGAAGGUCCCAAGUCUUCCUCCACUCAGACGAUCGGAGAGACCUCCGUCAUACACUAGUCUACACUGCAAAAUAGCUGCGGUAAUGCCUCCAGUCCCGAUGUCCAAAAUAGGGGGGUUUUCUCCCACUACACUACUACAAAUGCCUCUUCUUGGGAUAGCGCGGGGAUGAUGUGGAGGCCCCCCCCCCGUCAGUCUCACGGUGAGUGGCUUGAGAUUAUCUUCGUAGGACUCCUCCUGAAAUCCAUAUCCUUCCCUUUCCACGUCUUCCGGCUCUUCCGCGAGACGGGAUCAAUGACCGCGGUCCUGGUUACCUAUGAUGGUCGCCGUCCUCGGAAGAGGGGCAGACAGGCUCGCUUAUCACGCAUCCGCGUGGCUUCGGCAAUGGUUUGUAGUGUACCGGCAAGACAUGCGGAAUUUGGUUUUGUUCAUCAAAUAGGUGUAGCCGGCCGCCUUACCAGAUCUGGGUAUAUAGUGCAGAAUUGUGGUCAUUGGGCGAAAGUCCGAUGGUUGCUUAAAAAAGGUCAGUUGUAUUUUAUCCCAUAUUGGGGUCUCCCACUUGGUUACCGUUUCCCGUCGCGAGGGUUGAUUUGUGUUGAUGAAGGCGGGGUUCAUUUUCUUCGUCGCCGUCGGGCAUUACUCGGCUUCGUCCAGCAAGACCAUAUGGAAAGUGUAGUGUAGUAGUGUACGGGAUAACGGGAGGCGUGGUCAUGCAACGAACGUUAUCGUUUUCAGUUCCGUGUCUUGGCUGAACCCGGAAACGUGUUUGUGUGUGUUGGAACCCGCCUUUAAGGCCGUAUCGAAUCCGGGUCUCACCGUGGUAGUUCCCCAUAGUAUCCCCGUCCCGGUUCCGUUGGUUCCGCCUGCCAGUCUCGGUCCUGUUACAGACCGG